CUUCCUUCUUUCCACAAGUCGAGUCGAAGAUGGCGGACAGGACCGUUGUGCCGAGCGAGCUUUUUCAACACGUGUACUCUUUUCUGCUGGAAAACAAGUUCACCAAGGCCGCACAGGAGUUUAGUAAGAAGGCUAAAGUGAAACCUCUGGACACUGAAGCAACGAAUCUUGUAGAUGUCUUCAACUUCUGGGUCAAGUCUCCCGAGGCUAAGAAAAGGAAGACGGUGACCAAUGGACCAGCGGCGAAGAAAGCCAAGCAGGAGGACAGCUCGAGCAGUGAGGACUCUUCCAGUGAAGAGGAUGAGCCAGCAAAGAAGAAACCUGCAGUGAGCAAACCUGCCACUCCUGUAGCCGCUAAGCCUGCUGCUAAGUCUCCAGCUACCAAGAAAGCGGCAUCUAGCAGCGAUGACUCUAGCGACGACUCGGAGGAUGAGAAGAAGCAGCCAGUCAAGAAGAGCACCCCUGCAACGGCUGCUACGAGCAAGACCCCCCCUGUAAUGGCGAGGAAAAAGGACUCUAGUUCAAGCAGCGAGGAUUCGGACAGCGAGGAGGACGGGAAGCCAGUCUCUAAAGCAGCCAUCUCUAAGCCAGCUCAGAAAGCAGCUACCCCCACGGCUGUCAACGGCAAGGCUAAAGAAGACAGCAGCAGUGACGAUUCCAGCGACUCUGAGGAUGAGACGCCUGCAAAGAAGACCAUCACCCCAGCUAAGACCCUUGCUUCUGUGAAGACCCCAGUGAAACCUGCCGCUGCAAAAUCUACCCCUGUCAAAGGGGGAGCCGCAGAGUCCAGCAGCGAGGACUCCUCUGACGAGGAGGAGAGUGCCCCCAGCAAGAAACCAAAGCCUGGACCCUACAGUGCCGUCCCCCCUCCCACACAGCAGAAGCCCUCCACCAAGAAGCCUGCGAGUAAGAAGGAGACUGCAACGAAGAAGUCAGCCGGUGAGCUGCACAGCUUCACUAAAACUACACCUGUUAAACCAGCAGCCGCAACACCAAAAGCAGCAGCUUCAAAGAAAAAGGAGUCAAGUUCAGACAGUUCAGACUCAAGCUCUGAGGAUGAGAAGGCAGCCCCUAAGAAGGCCACGCCUGCUAAAGCCACGCCUGCUAAACCAGCUGCAGCCAAGAAAGAAUCCUCCUCCGACAGCUCAGACAGCUCUGAGGACGAGGCACCAGCAAAACCAGCUACCAAACCUGCUUCUAAACCAGCUACACCGGCAGCCAAACCCAAAUCACCUGCUCCUGCCAAGAAAGCAGCCAGCAGCUCUGAUUCAGACAGCAGCUCCAGCGACUCUGAAGAGGAAGCUAAGAAGAAACCUGCAAAACCAGCCGCAGCUAAAACACCAGGAUCUAAACCUGCCACGCCAGCCACCGGCAAAAAGACAGUGGCCGUGGAGAGCAGCUCUGAGUCGGACAGCUCUUCGGAUGAGGAGGAGAAAAAGCCCGCUGCCAAGCCCGCUGCCAAGCCCGUCGCCAAGCCCGUCGCCAAGAGCCCUAAAGCUGCCAAAGGAAAGCCUCCCGCAGCUGUAGCCAAAGAGUCGAGCAGCAGCAGCUCGUCGGACAGUGAGGAGGAAGCACCAAAACAGAAACCAGCGGCGGCAGCAAAAACCACCCCUGUGAAGCCCACCGCCACAAAAAAGCAAGAAAGCAGCAGCUCAGAGUCUGACAGCUCCGAGUCGGAGAGCGAGAAGAAGAAGAAGAAGCAGCAGCUCAGCGGGAAGCCCGCAACCCCAAAGACCCCCGCUGCAGUGAAGUCAGCCACGCCCAAGCAAACACCCGCUUCUGCAAAGAAGCCAGCAGCAGAGUCCAGCAGCAGUGAGAGCAGCUCUGAUUCAGAGGAUGAGAAGGCUCUGCAGAAGAAAGGCAAGGCUGCGGCUCCGGCAGUGACGCCCACCGCGGCAAAGAAAUCCCCGGCAGCUUCGGCCAAGAAAUCCCCAGCAACUUCGGCAAAGAAGAAGCAGGAGAGCAGCUCCUCUGAGGACAGCUCGUCAGAGGAAGAGAAGGCAAAAGCGAAACCAGUGGCAACCUCCACUACAAACGGCACAGCAGAGAAAAGGAAAAAAGAUGCUGACUCUUCGUCGGAGAGUGAGGAAGAGAACAAGGCUCAGACCCCCAAAAAUAAGAAACUGGACGCACAGCUGCCACACUCCUUCCCCAAGACCAAACACAAGACUGCCAAUGCUCCUUUCCGUAGAAUAAAAGAAGAGGAGAUUGAAGUGGAUCCUCGAUUUGCAAACAACAAUUUUAACGCAAAGCUUGGCGCACAGGGUGACUGGGGGGAGAAAGCCAAUGAUGUCCUGAAAUUCACCAAGGGGAAGUCGUUCCGUCACGAGAAAACCAAAAAGAAGCGUGGCAGCUACCGGGGCGGGGCCAUUUCCACCUCAGUCAACUCCAUCAAAUUCGACAGCGAUUGACACAGAGCUGGGACGCCCGACACCUGAUCCACACUUUUUUUUGUUUUUUCUUUAAUUAACCAAUUGCUGAGCGGUAUCUUCUUCGUUGUGCAUUAAUUUCCCUGUCUGCUUAUAUUUGCGUUCCGUUGUGUGACUGUGAAUGACUUGUGUGCUUCAGUACGGCUGCUUGUAUUUUUUGUUUUUGGUCUGAAACGGUGCACCUGAACCACUGAUUUUCAUAAUUGUUUUAUUUUAAAGAAAAAAGUAAUAAAACAAGGUGAUGGGAGAGACCUUAUCUCUUCCUGACUCCUUUGUUUUUCUAAUAGUUUUGUUUUAUGCAAUGCAAAAAUAAAAAUUCUGAGAAACAAAAUGUAAUAGAAAUGAUUUAAUAAUGUUGGCAGGCUUGGCUGUUUUAGAUUAAUAGAGGUCUCCUUGCAGUUUCAUUAUCAGGGAGUCUAGUUUGCAUUGAACACCUGCCACCCAGUGGUUGAGUAUUGGCACUGCAGUUUUUUCUUUGACACUUUUGGGGCCCCCUCCCCCAAGUCCCCCUGGUUUUAUGUAUAUAGUUAAAUUAAAUGAUUUAACACCAAGAAGAUUGAAUUGGUUCAAUUUAAAUAAUUUUGGGCUGAGGUGGAACAGAGCAGGAGGGCUACGGACCACAAAGACCAGAACUGUGGCCCCCUGAUCUCGUCCACCAUUUGCAGUUCUCUAACAAGGUGCUUGGACGGUAGUUGAAGUUUCAAUUUUACGGUUUGUGGCCAACUUCUUAUCAAGAGCUGAUAUUUACUGUACAUUGACUUUUGCCCAGUUCGGUUACAAUCUCUAAUUAUUCCUCCAUGUAUUCAGUCUAGUUAUCUCUGCAGAGAUUUGUUUUGUCUUGUUCAAAUUUGCAAUUGUUAAAAUAUUACUUUAUUGCUAGAUGGAUUUUGUUUUUUGUUUCCUUUGAAUUUGUACCAGAAGUUUGUAAUGUAGACAGACAGUUAAAAACGGAAUAAUAAUAAAUACAACUUGUGUAAGAAUAUGGUAAUUUAAGCAAAUGAGUGUGCAAUCAUGUGAGUCUGGUAACUCAAAACCCCUACUCUGCUGUGGCUCUCACCUGUGCAUAGAACGCAGGUUUUACCUCUAUUUCAAGCAGAAAUCAAAUGCAUUAACAUCGUUGUAGAUUAUUGAAAUGCAUAACAGUUAAAUGGGGAGGUGGUUCUACUGUAGGUACCAGAUACACUCUAUUUUAAACACCUUUCUUUUUUUUUUGGAGGAAGAUCUCUACUGAAAUUAAAAGAAAAAAAAAUG